CGCCGAGCAAAGGCGGCUGCGUCCACUUCUUCCACCGCUCGACUUUGCUCAGCCGCCAGGCCGGCCGCUCUCCGCCACACGCCUCCGCCCAUCCGCCACACACACUGCCAUACGCUCGAGGAUGGAGCGUACCGCUUACAACUACGGCGAUGACACGCCCGCCGCCUGGGACGUGCUCGCCCGGGGAGCGCUGGGUCGGCCCAUCAGCACGCGGAUCUCUCCGGUCCUCUUUCUCGAGGAGCUUAACGAGGCGCUGCUCUUCGCGCCACCGGUCAAGGCGCGGCUGGGACAGCGGCCCAAGCCCGCGGGGCCGGGCAAGACCAAGGCGCUAGCCGCCUCUUCGGUCGAGCGGCCAGAGGAGACCGAGCGGCGGCGGGCGGCGCAGAACGACUGCCGACGGCUCAUCCUGCCUCGAACCGCGGACGAGGCGUCGGACGUGUUUCUGCGGCGCCUCGAUGCGCACCAGAACGCGCCCGAGGCGCUCGUCGCCCCGCUCUCCAAGCCGGAGGACACCAAGUCGUUCCUCCGCCGGAUGGUCGCCGUGAAGAAGAACGAGGCGGCCGGCCUGCUCGUGAUGCCGCGUGCAAAGGCGGAGACGGCGGAGCAGUUCGAGGCGAGGAUGGCGCUGUGCGAGGCCUGCCCUGCCACCGUCUUUGCGCGCGGCGCGCACGAAGACCCAACAGACUUCAAGGCGCGGCUCGACGCGCAAUCAAAGUGCCGCAGGCCGAUCAUGUGUCGCAGCGACGGAGAGCCGGCGAGUCUCUUCCGGCGGCGGUGCGCGGUGUCGCGCGCCUGCCUGGACGUGGUCCACCCGUACGACGCGGCGCGCGAGUCCGCCGACGACUUCACCCGCCGGAUGGACGCGCAGGAGGCGGCGCCGGAGCUGAGCAUCGCGCCGGGCGACAAGAAGGUGGUUGGCUCGCUCGUCCGCGAGUCCGCGGAGGAGGGCGCGGCGGCGCUGGCGGAGGAGAUCGCGGCCAAGCUGAGGCUCGAGGAGGAGGCAAAGGCGGCGGCGGCCUCCAAGGAGGAGGCGGCCAAGGCGGAGGCGGCGGCGAUCUCAAAGCAGCGGCAGCGGCAGGACAGCGUGGACGACGGGGCGGAGGCGAGGUCGACAUCAAUUCGAUCGGGUUCAUGGCGCUCAAGCAGAUGCUCAUCUCCAAGGGCGUGCCGCCCGACGCCGUCAAGGUGCCAAACAAGUUCAUGCUCAAGGAGGUUGCGGCGAAGCACGGCGUCAACAUCGAGUGGAGCUGAGCAAGCUCGGGCAAAGAGGGAUCCAAAAAUGCAUCCCUCCCAGGCGUAUCUACCCCCAGCUUCCCCGUCUGUGUGCGGGGGAGGAGCUAGGGGAGGAGCAGCGUUUUCUCUUGAGUGCGCACAUGCAGAGAGGCCGUGAGAUGUACACAAAACUAUUGAUUUC